UGCACAGAUAUGCUCCAACCAUGUCGCCAUUUUGAUCUGAAAAAUAUGACUGAGUUUUGCUGCUUCUUUGCAUGCUAACUUAGCCUUCCGCUGCACUUAGUUUACACGUGAGUACGAAUCACACAUCGUACAGUUUAAAGUACUCGUCCUGGUGUUUCUAUGAGGCAGUUGCGCGUGUAUGGGCUCAUUAUUUGGUUGCUUUGCGAGCCUCUGUAGCUGUCGCAGACAUUCAAAACAAAACACUUCGGGCUAAUGUUAGCUCGCUAGCAGUUAGCAACAGAGCUAGUGACUUAUUAGCUUGUUGCCAGACGGAAAAACUCUGUGAAAAACUCAUAAAUACGACCAAAGGGAUAACGGGAGAGCUCCAAAACAAAGGUUAUGUUGGCACUGCAGAGGCUCAUCUCCUGAAGAAACCCAGCUCAGAGCAGACUCAUGCUGAUAAAUGCCAGCCCGCGCCACCCUUUGCACACGUCUCUACCACAGAUGCCCAGCCACCUGCACGGGACGUCUGAGUAACGAGAGCCACGCUUCUUACACUGGGCCGUGCCCCCCCUCCCAGUGGCAGCCAUGUUUUGGAAGUUCGACCUGCACACAACGUCCCACAUUGAGCAGCUCCUGGAGCGCGAGGACGUGACCCUGAGAGAGCUGAUGGAGGAGGAUGACAUUCUGCAGGAGUGUAAGGCCCAGAACAGGCGUCUGCUGCUGUUUCUGUCACAGGACCAGUGCAUGAAGGAGCUAGUGGAGCUAAUCACCAACGAGCCCUCUGAGGCGCUGGAAGAGAGGAGCAGAUUCAAGUUCCCGAACAUCGCGUGUGAACUGCUGACCUCAGAUGUGUCGAUCCUAAAUGAUAAACUGGGCGGAGACGAGUCACUCCUGGAGAUGCUCUACCGCUUCCUGGAGCAAGAGCCGCCUCUGAACCCCCUCUUGGCCAGCUUCUUUAGCAAGACCAUCGGAAACCUCAUCGCCCGCAAGACAGAACAGGUGAUCUCAUUCCUGAAGAAAAAGGAGGGCUUUAUCGGUCUGGUGCUCAAACACAUCGAUGCAUCGGCCAUGAUGGAUCUGCUGCUGCGGCUCAUCAGCUGUGUGGAGCCGGCAGCACUGAGGCACGACGUCCUGCAUUGGUUGAAUGAGGAGAAGUUGGUGCAGAGACUGACAGAGCUGAUCCACACCGGGAAUGAUGAGGAGAGACAAUCAAACGCGUCCCAAACUCUGUGCGACAUAAUCCGCCUUAGUCGAGACCAGGCCAAUCAGAUGCAGGAGAACUCUGAGGACCCACUAUUGGCAGUACUGGAGUCGCAGGAGAGUGUCGCUGAGCUGCUCAAAAACAUGUUUGAGGGAGAGAAGAGUGAGGCCUCCAUCGUGAAUGGAACUCAAGUGCUACUUACUUUACUGGAGACCCGGAGGUCAGGGUUGGAGGGGCUGAUGGAUCUUUAUUCUCAGGGUUAUGAUCGGUCUCACACUGUCAGCUCCAGUAUUCUAAAUGCCAUCGAGCCCCAUUUAAAGGACUUCCAACAGAUUCUCCUUGAUCCCCCUCAGAAAAGUGCAAUAUUGACGACGGUGGGGGUCCUAGAACACCCCCUGGGGAAUGCUCGGCUCCAUGUGGCGCGUCUUGUGGCCUCUCUGCUUCAGACCAACUGUCCCUCCGUGUGCAAGGAGCUCUGCCGCCUCAACACCAUCGACCUACUACUGGAUCUGUUCUUCACUUACACCUGGAAUAACUUUUUGCACUUCCAAGUGGAGCUGUGUGUGGCGGCCAUCUUGAACCAGCCCUCUUCCCCCGAGGAGCGAUCGAACCAUCAGGGGGCAGUGCCGAGUCCCGAGCCCAUUGAGGUGACACCCCAAGAGGGUUCGACUCAAGAACCCCCACCCUCUGAUUGCAACUCCCUGGUAGCCCAUUUGUUCCAGAAUUGUCGGCUGGUUCAGAGGAUCCUGGACGCCUGGGAGGAGAACGACAGAAUACAGAGUGACGGUGGGACACGCAGAGGGAACAUGGGUCACCUAACCAGAAUCGCCAACAUGGUGGUCCAAAACGUGGAGAGGGGACCUGUCCAAACCCAGAUCUCAGACCUGAUCAAAGAGCUGCCUGAAGACUGCAGGGGGCGUUGGGAGAGUUUUGUGGACGAGACCCUCAGAGAGACAAACAGAAGAAACACAGUGGAGCUGGUGAGCACACACAACAUGCACUCAUCCAGUGAAGAUGACGAUAUCGAGAGCCCCUUCCCCAAUGACCUUUCACUGCAGCAGGCCUUUUCAGAUUAUCAGAUCCAACAGAUGACAGCCAACUUUGUGGAUCAGUUUGGGUUCAACGAUGAGGAGUUCAGCGAGCACGACGAAAACAUCAACUGCCACUUUGACCGAAUUGCUGAAAUCAACUUUAACCUCGAUGCAGACGACAACAGUGCCAACGCAGCUGCCUUUGAAGCUGCCUGUAAAGAGCGUAUCAGGCAGUUUGACGAUGCAGAUGAAGGAGACAUCUGGGAGGAGAAAGAGAUCAACUAUGCAUCACAAGCAAAAUCCAGGACAAGGUUCGGAGUGUCACAGUCAUCUGAGGGUGGCUCCAGGAGCAGCUUGGAAAAUGGACGAAACGCUGAAGAAUCAGAGUCGGACGAGGAGAACGAAUCUACAGAGACAGGUCCCGGUUGGACGGCCACGUUUGGAGAUUCUGGAGGUCCCUCAAUGGUGCAGAGCCCAGUAGAGUGGGACUCUACUGGGGACAAGAGCCAGGACUCGAGCUGGGCCAACUUCACAGAGUUCCAGCCUUUUUCUGGUGCCGAUGGGGAGCCGCGGUGCAGCUCUCCAGUCGACGCUCAGACUGAAGCCAAACCGGAGCAGACUUCCUCUGUAGCUCUGGAGGAACAGCAGACCCCAGCACCCGGCUCUGCCCUAGAACAGGGGUCCUUGGGUGGGUCACAGUCAGAGGAGAACCCCCCUGUCCAAAGUAACGCCCAGAUCCCACCACAAGAUGGCACACAACACAACAGUGAGGAAAUCUCUGAGUCUCUGGAGAAACUGUCUUUAUCUGAGGAGACGCAGGUCAAAUCUGAUGCACAGACCAGGAAAGAGGAGCCUGCAGCUGUCCCAGUGGAGGUCUCUGUUAACGGUCCGGUUUGAUCCAAAAUAUAAUCGUCCAAAAAAACUAAAACUACGGCUGCUCCUCGACCUCCAAAAUCCAACAGAGCGACUCGACAAACAAAAAAAUAAUAAAUAUUGAAAAUCACCUCAAAUUUCUACAAAAAAAUUCAACUUCUUCCUCAUCAUCAUCAACAAAACCGGGCACUGCCGAAUUCUGUCCCCAGUGUCACAGACCGUGGGGACUUUUAUUCUGAAAAUCACAAAAAAAAAAAAUCACACAAUGAUGGACAUCUUCUCAAACCGACAAGACAAAAUGGAGGUCCUGUUUUUUUCCACAGCCUUCUUCUUUUCUUGAGACGUUGCACAUUUUAAAAACGUUUGGUGCGUUUUUCGAUGUAGCAAAACGAUGCGACAGAAUCCAAGAUGGUGGUAACAUUUACUAUUUUUUUUAUCGUCCAAAAAAAUUUAAAAAAUAUGUAAUAACAGUUUUACAAAUCGAUGGAAUAGCACAGGUUAGCUUUGAAAAACCUCUGUAGUUAAAACAAUGUAUGCACUCUUUGAAUUUCUAGCACAAUUCAUAUCUGCUGGGCUGUCUACCGUUUUAAUACCAUUAUUCAUGUUUUAUUUUGAAAAGUCCUGAUUAAUUCAUUCAUGCUGUUUUAUUUUAAAAUUUCCGUCAAGUGCUUUCUGGGGAGGAAGAUGGGGUGUUUUAUUUUUAUCAUGAGGAAAAAGCAAGACUAGUAUUAACUGCUCAAUGUGCAAUAAUGAUGAUCAGCCAUUUUAUUUAAAAAAUGAAAUUUUGUUUUUCUCUCAAACUAAUCAAGACUUGUUUAAAGGUGCACUAUGUAAAUUUAAGGGGAGAGGGUUGUCUCCAUGGACAUUGCUUUGCUUGUAAUAUUCCACAGUAUGGCCAUAUUCUGUAUACAUACAUACAUACAUACAUACAUACAUAGAUAAGCUGGUAGUUCCCGUGUUUCAAAUGGGAAGUGAGGAUGGGCACGUUUUUUCCCUUUCUAUUGACAAACAGCUGCUACCAAGCUCAUCAUUUUAGUUUUAACAUUUUUAUUUUGUCCCUAAAUCAGGAUAUGAACAUUAAUAACGGACAAAUCAGGUGCCUUCUUUCUCAGAUCGCUCCCACUAGCUUUAGCAACAGGUUUAAUUGACAGCAAAACGGGCAGAAAGGGCUGUUACCUUCAGCAGCCUCACUCCAGAUGGGCUCUUUGUUGCUAUGAUACUUGCAGUCAGAAUUCCAAAUAUGCAACUUUGCUCCAAAUUUGCCCCUAGAACUGCUAGCCUGCAUGAGCUUCAUUAUACUGGAGCCGUUACUAUGGGUGAUGUCACUCACUUAGUCCACUUUAUAAAGUCUAUGAGUAGGACAUUAAAUGUGUCCAUCUUGCCUUUACUCAGUUUUAGGUGUUUUGUUUCUUUUUUUAAAAAUGCCUUAAAUGGAACAUUCUUACUGUGAGUGGACUCUCCUCUCCACAGAUCUGGCUUGUAACUUGGCCAGAAAUGUAUAUGGUUAAUGCCAUACCGUGGACCAUUCUAGGCACAACAAUAUGCAUAGAGACAAGCUGGUGGGGUCCUCCCAAAAAAGUUACACAAUGCAUCUUUAAAUUUGAUUUUUAAAUACCAACUUUUUAUUUACUGCAUGUAUAGACCUAGAGCUAGUGAGAGCUGAGACCUCUUGAUUGUAUCUUUUAUGGCUAUUUCCCAAUUUUAUUUUUUAAAUCCAAACCAAACUUAUCUAUGUAACAAUAUAUACAUUAUUCUAGUUUUUUUGGUCUUCUCUUGUCUCUUCUCUCCAUCAAGCACUUAACUCAGCGCAGGGCAACAGUGGUAUACAGUCAGACCUUUAAUUUUUUUCUCUUUUUUUUGCAAACUUUUAUUUUGAAAAGGUGCACGGCAGGAAAUUGAAUGGUUUUACAGGAAGUGGUUGCCUGAGUGGCAGAGUUCUUGUACUUAACGAAUCAAAAUGGCAGCGAUCAGGUUGUGAUCAUUCUUUAAAAAAAAUUGCAAAAUAAAAAGUGUCUGGUUGACCACAUUAAUACCAAAUAAUGAA